CUCUUCCUCCUUCCCUCUCUUUCUCUUUCUUUCUCUCUUUCUCUUUCUUUAUCUAUCUAUCUCUCUCUAUCUGUUUGUUACGCGCAUGCGUAAUGCAUCUGUUCUCUUCCUAUUUAUCUCUUUUCCGUGUAUACCGCGGUAAACUUGGCGCGCAUGUGUAUGCGUGCAUCGCGUCGAUGCAACACUGAGGCCUUCCUUCUGUUUUUCUUUCUCUCUAUUUCUUUCUCUUUUGCACCCUUAUACGUAGACACGAAAGAGAGAGAUAAAGAAAAAGAGAGAGAGAGAAAGAGAGAGGAGGAAUGGCGCGCGAUCAAAGGCUCACGUAGUAAAUCGUGCGUUCGCGCGAUAAACAGGUGUAGAAAAGUCCUAUGGUAAAAAGUUACAUUUGGUUGCACUUUAAGAGCAAAGACAGUAAAGAGGAAAGUGAAAAAAGCAGGAAAGAAAAAAUAUCGAAAUAAAGAAAGGAAAUAAGAUAAAGAAAGAAAGAAAGGACGACGGCCUUCCGUAGGCGGCGCGUGAAUACUUCGUAGAGUGUCGUCGACCUGUUAACCUCUUGCGUUCCAAGAUAGCGUGUGCAGAUUCUUCGAAAUUAAUCGUUUAAAAUUGAAAUCUCUGUGUGGUUUGACAGGUGGACAUUGUUGACAUCGUGGGAGAAAAAAAAGGAAGAAGAAAAUAGAUACAAUCAUUGAAUUUGUACCUUGACGGCGCAUUUAAAAAAAAACGUACGUUUAAAGGCGUAUCGUAUCCUAACCUCUCUCUUGCUUGAGUAAGAGAGAGGGUGGGUGGAAGAAAGUAAGAGAUUUAAGUGUUGUUUUCUACCGUACUGUCGAACAGAGUCGUCUCGAUCGUAAACUAAAGUUUGCGGAAGACGUUCGAAGAAGGAAUGGUGGGAUUGCAAGGGGAGGGGGAGCUCUGGAUGGAACGCCCUUAACGCGCGUUGCGAGUGCACAUGCACCGGGCUUGCCGUGCGGCGUGCAUUCGCUUAUUUACAAUUGACACGUGCUUUCUACUAUACGUCUUUUACGGUGCUUCGUUUAAAAGACUUAUAUAUGUUUAUCAAAUGUUUCACUGGAUUGCGUUCCUUUGAAUAAAAUACAUUUAGUGUAUCAUCUACUUUAUCAAGUGUGGGUGGUAGGAAAAAGUAAGUGUUAGAAACCGUACAAAGAGAAAAGUGUGCGAAGUUGUGUUUGACGAAGGAGGUGAAAGCUGGUGGGGAUUUUAAACGAAGAGAAAAAGAGAGAGAGAGAGAAAGCGAGAAAAGAAAUCACGCGCGACACGAGCUCCGAUCGACGCGCGCGAUAAUAUCGACAACGCGCACGUCAUGCUCGAGAGAACGGUUUGGUUCUCGAUCCUCCUACUUUCAAUCAGUAAUACGUUUAAAUCGCGAAACGAUAAUUCAAGGAACGAGAUAAACACGAAGAGAAACUACGAGAACAACGUCAUCGUCGUCAACGUCCUCGUCAACAUCGUCGUCAACGUCGUCAACGUCGUCAUCUUCUUCUUCUUAUGCGAUUACUUAGUGGUUGUUAAAGUAGAAGAAUCGAAGAAGAAGAAGAAGAAGAAUAGUAGUAUUUCCACCUGACGCGUGUGUACUACUAUUACUACUAUUACUACUACUGCUACUAGGGUGGGAACACACAUUUGCUUUCUCUCUCUCUCAUUUGCUUACGAUAAUUUUGCUUUGUGAUAUCGUUAACCAACUAAGGAAAAAUAAUAAGUGUACCACUCCUCUCUUUGCAAAACGCAUUGCCGAGAACAACAACACACACGACGAUGUCAUACUUCAUCCGCGUGAGCUACGAAUCUCGGAAUACGCGGCACGUUAAAGUUACACGUUCGUUCGAAAGUAAAAUGUAAAGAGAGAGAGAGAGAGAGAGAGAGAAAAAAAAGAGAUAAAAAGAGAGAGAGAAAAAGAGAGUGCGUGUGUGUGUGCGUUUGCGUGCAUGUGUGGUGUAUAUGUGUGAGCGAGAAAACGAUAUUUACGCGCGACAGGAGAACCCGUCGGCAAUUUUUUGGUUUCUCGCAAGGACGGCUUUUCCGAUUGUGGCCGAGGCAAUGUCUUCGGGCAACAGAGGUUUGGCGUCCCCAUCCCGUGGGCCUAUUGUGCGUAGCGGGCAUCUGAAAAAGCUUAAAACCUUGAAAAAGAAAUAUUUCGUUUUACGAGGCGAGGCACCGGGAUAUCCCGCUUGUUUGGAAUAUUAUGACAGUAAGAAGAAAUUUGAAAGCAAGCAUUUGCCUAAACGCAGCAUCCUACUGCACAGCUGCUUCAAUAUCAACAAGCGUGUCGACACCAAGCAAAAACACGUUAUAGCGUUGUAUACGAAGGACGAAUGCUUUUGUUUGAUCCUCGAUAAUGAAAAGGAACUGAAUGAGUGGUUGAAAGCAAUGCUCCUACUACAGAGCGGUGAUGUACCUGAAGGUGAACAGCCUCGCCCUACGUUCGAGCACGUGUGGCAAGUUACUAUGCAGAAGAAAGGACUUGGAGAACGAAAAAAUAUCAAUGGGCCGUAUAGGUUAUGUCUCACUGAUCGCACUCUAAGUCUAGUCAAAAUUGGAGCUAAAGACAACUCCGAUUCUAUUGAAUUUUCUUUAAUCUGCAUAAGGAGGUGCGGUUAUAUGGAACGCAUCUUUUACAUGGAAGUUGGUAGAUCCGCAGUGACAGGAGGUGGUGAAUUUUGGAUGGAAGCCGAAGAUAGUAACAUUGCGCACAACAUGCAUGCUGCAAUCUUAAAUGCAAUGAGUAAUUCGAAUUCCUAUAAAGACGAAGUUGGACCUCGUCAAAGGAUGCGUAGUUCCUCGGCAAAUGAAGCAAGUAAACCCAUCUCAGUGCUCCAACGACGACAUACAGGGCAAAAAUUUCAUAGCUUCUCACCUCUAGAGGAACAAAGGACGUGCAAGGAACAGGUGGAUCCGUUGCAGGAACAGACCACUACUGCCUCUGCCCCCGCACAGUGUAGUCAAUCUCAGAGUACUUCUUCCAAUACGUUCACGGUCGUUGCCGGUACCGGGGCUGGGACUGCUGGGAUUGCCUCGAUUAAUGUCAACUGUGCCACUGCUACUAGACGUCGUCAUUCGGUAGCAAGUCAUCCCCAUUCCGUCAAUAAUUCCCAAUCCGCUCAUGUCACAACAAGUACAACUACUACAACGACAACCAUCACCAUCACAACGACCGCCACCGCAACCACUACAACCACAACCGCAAUAAUAUCCCAUCAGAGAACCCUGUCGCUGCCCUUAGCUGCUGUUAUUAUCAAUCAAACGCAAUCAUCCAAAAGAUCUGUUUUACGCUGUACCACUGGACGUGACAGAUGCGACAGUUUGCCAUCAAGAGCUCGGACAACGAGUGAAUGUCAUCCAACAACAGUUGUCCUGAGUCAUCCUAGAAGUUCUCAUUUUAUAUCUCACGUACCCAGACCUCACUCUAUGUAUGGACGAGGUCUGUCUUAUUCUCCACCAGUUUCCUCAAUGCCGAUUAGUCCAGCCUCAGGAGCAUGCUCAACUGAUUCAGCUGGGUCUUCUCUUUCUAUGGAGGAUGGUAUUGAAAAUAUUUUAGAAGAAGGUACUGGCUCGAGAUAUGGUCAUUCGUUGACUCCCGACGAGCCAGUCAUUUUAGAAGAGAAUGGGGACGAUUAUGCUGCAUGGUCUACGACGCAUUCGCAUCAUAAAUACUCGCCAAACUUUAAAUCCCAUUCUCCGUCACAGCAGAGUUCCUAUGUAGAAAUGUAUAGUCCUUGUGGUUCGAGUCCUGGACGUGGUGGAAAUUACAUGCCAAUGAGUCCAGCGACGACAGCUUAUUCCCAUUCUCAUGCAUCGUCUCUUGUAGAGGAGUCGAAUGUUUUACCUGAUGGCUAUGUUCCAAUGGCGCCUGUUGGCGAUGAUGGCUAUGUAGAUAUGGAUCCAUCAAGCAGUCAUAAUGGUCAUUUUCCAGAUGACAUGUCACAACACGGUGGUAGUAGUUGCUCAGUAACUUCUGGCACACCUAGUACAGAUUUACGUUUUUCCGAGUAUCACCUAGAUAAAGUAACCAGCUUCUUUGCACCAGGAGAAGAUUUGCAAGCUAGACCAACUAGAGCGUAUUCGGUUGGAUCUAGACCAGAACCAACUAAUAAGCAUCGUAAAAAUAGAUUAGAUAUCACGCAGCAGGAAGCAAGUAGAGUGAGAGCAUUCUCUGUAGGCAGUCGUUCAAAGAGACCUGAACUUGGCAGAUUAGCUAAUGUAGUUACAACUCCUUUGCCAUCUAGUUCGGAUAAUUCCAAUUCAAAUAAAUCAAAUUCAGCGCCGUUAUUAUCCAGUUCUUGGGGUCAUAAUUCUGGUUGUUCUGGUACAUCCGAACGAAUGGAAGAUCUUAUGGAAUUAGAUUUUACAAGACAAAGCGUUCCAGCUACUCUUUCAUCACCACCUUCUUCCUAUACACAGUCACAAUCACAGUCAUAUUCUACUGCCACCACCGACACUAGUUCCUAUGUCGAUAUGUCUCCUGGACAACCGCCUACAUCGACCACUGCCUCGUACGUCGACAUGAGCGGCUUAAAUAAGAUCAAUCGUAAUAAUAACAAUAAUUCUAUCACUGCCAAUCAGAACCAUAGUCACGUUCAUGUAACAUCUUCGGCUUCCACACACAAACCCGUCAUAACAACCUUGAAACCAGUGGAAGAAACAGAGGGUUCAUAUAUGAAAAUGGACGGUAAUAUGGAAGAUUGGUCGCUAUCAGGUGCAAGUCCUAAACAAAUUCCAUCACCUAUGCAGGAAGACUGUAUUCAAACGAAUGGCCCACCAGGUGGUGCGAGAACGGCCCCGGUUGAUUUACCUCAACCUAGACGACCUCCUGAAGGAUAUGUAGAAAUGUCCUUUAAAGCUAGGCCAAAUUUAGAACAAGAUUAUAUUAAUAUAAAUAUGAGUAUGGUUGGACGGAACAACCGAAGAGUACGGGUAAACAACAGUCGCAAGGAAAACUCACGAUCACAACCAAUCGCUAUUCAAGCUGGAAGUAAACCAUUGAAAGCACCCAAUUUCUUACCUCUUAAUGGUAGUCCAACAUCGGAAAGUCUAGCAAGUACACCAGCUUCUCCUCCACGUGCUACACCUACUGGCUCGGCAGCUACUAUUUUUCCCUUCUCUUUAAAUAGUCCUCAAUCUCCUAUAAAACCAUUUACGCAUCAACCAAAAUCUGAUGAUACUUCUUCGAGGAUUGAUACGGAUUUAAAGAAUAAUGAUUAUGACAUUACGUCUGAUAAUACGACCAAAAAAAUGAACACCAUUAAUCCAGUCUCGAUGACAGAUACUACAAAUAAUUCAAUAUCAAAAAUUAUUAACGACGAACCAUUAAGUCGUAAUACGGAUCAAACACGAGUUAUAUCAAACUCGAUAUCUUCUCAAGAAUGUACGUUGAAUUCAUUAACAAAAAAAUUUGCCGAUCUUACAGUAUCGAAGCCACGAUUAGUUACUGCAUCACCUAAUACCAGUCCGACGUUAUCGGGUUUUAAAACUGCUAUGUUACAACAAAAAUCGUCAUCGCCGAAAUUCAUUGAUGAAACACCGAUACAAACACCUACGUCUACUCCAACUCCUACGCCUAGUCCUUUAGAUAGCGAUGGUUAUGAGAAAUUACAACCUGGUGCAACAGUUUUACAUUAUGCUAGUUUGGAUUUACCUGAACUCGCUACCGUGGUACCCGUAUCGCCCGCAUCUGUUCAGGAAGGCUUCAGUUAUGCCGAAAUUGACUUUACAAAACUGAAACAAAAUUAACUUUUAUGGUUCAAAGGUGUGCCGUUGUAUUUUACAAUAUUUACAUCAGAGCUCUGUGUGUUUGCAAAUUUGAAUAGUAAGCAGACAGUAUGUUUGAUGGGUUUUACAUCCUAAAUUAGUUCGAUGAAAAUUAUUGAAUUCGUGCAAGGUUCCGGGUACCAGUUGUGUAUAAUUUAUUUCUUUUAUCCCAGCAUCUGAAGUGUAAUCAUUUAUUGGGUUUUUGUAAAGCGUUUUUUCAAUUUCUCUCUUUUUUCUUUUAUUUUUCUUUCUUUUUAUUUAUUAGUUUUUUUUUUUUUUGUAAAAAAGAAACAAAGAAUUAUUCGCACUUAUAAUUCUGGUAUAGCAUUUGGACGUCGUUAUUGUAUGAGAAGAAGAUAUUUAUUUAUAUUAUUUUUAUGGAAACAAAUAUAUAUUGAUAUACAUAUAUAACGUAAUUUGUAAUUAUUGCGAGAAAAAGAUAAAUCUUGGAUCUGAUGUGCACACAACUGUGCGAAAUAAAAGAAAAACUUAGGCAGUUAUAGUUUAAAUAAUGUAUAUAGAAUUUGUUCACAGCAUUAUGACAUUCCAAGAUAGAUAAUUUCUCAGAUGAAAAUCUUUUAAUUCAAGUUAACUGUCCACGGGCAAUUUAAUGUAAAGUAUCUUUUAUACAUUUGGCUUUUUAAAGUUAUAUUACAUAGAACACUAAUUUUACAAAUUUUUAGAUCUUUUGUGAAUAUAUUUUAUAUUAAAAGAGUGUUGCAUGUCAUCAGUGUAAAUUUUUGGUAAUUAUUUAAAAAAGCAAAAGAACAAAAAAAUAAAAAUUAUUUUUAACUAAUCUGUAAUUAUAUGUAAUUAGUUAAUCAUAUUUUCUGGUAAGAAUGAUAAUUUUACAGACAUUAUAAACUGCCUGAACAUACAAUGCGACUAUUUAAUGGCAUUACCAGAAAUAUAAGAGCAUAAAUUGCUUUUUUUAAAUAUUUUUCAUAUUAUGAAAAAUCUGUUAAUAGGGCAUCGAGAAAAAUCACAGUAAUACGAUUACAGACAAAUAGACGCACCAUAAAGCGAGGUAUAAAUAUGUUAUCAGCUUUUUCAUAUAAAUUAUGAAGUGUCAGAAUACCUUGAGGUAAAUUUGAAUAUAUAUAUAUAUAUAUAUAUAAUGUAUACAUAUGUGUGUAUGUAUAUAUAUUUCCACAUAUGCAUACAUAUUUACUGGGUAAUCUGUGAAAAAGGGUACAAUCGGAAAAAGUGGUGAUUGCUUGUUUAAAAAUAGCUAGAAGCGGAAAAGAAUAAAUGUUUUUUAGCUUAAUGAAGAUUUGAGAUCUUAAUUAUACAUGUAAAAAGAAAGAAAGAAGAAAAAAAAGAAGAAAGAUAGAAAUUUAGUUAUUAAUUAGGUAUUCUUGUCUAUUGACUACACUGAGUAUAAAUUAUAUCGGCGUUGUUAAUAUUGAUUUGAUGAGUAUGCACUAGUUUCCAUAGAGUAUAAUAUAUGCUAUGAUAUUACGCUUGUUAAGCUACGAGUAGCGUUAAAGAUUUUCGUAAACUCUCUUUGCUAUUUUUAAUGUCGCGUUUGACGUGAAUCGUUUUUAAAUCGGUGAUCAUUUUUUUUUUGUCGGUUAUACCUUAACUUGCAGUAUACCGCGUAUAUACAUAUGCAUCGUCCAAAUAAUGCUAUAAAUA